GGCCCCUAUACGACAAAAAGUUUUAUAUGAACAAUGAGCUUCGGUACUAGUGGCACCAAAAUGAGUACUAAUGACGACGCGGAUUUUGAUAUAAUAUCGAUACAAGGAUGGAUAGUCAUGCGACGGUCAAGUACUUAAGGUUAAGUCUUGCCUGCGAUUGAUUUGCAGCUCUGCUUGCAACACAAUUCAACACGUCGUGAUGACCUGCUUCUUCUUUUACUAACAUCCACCGAGUAAAGACCUUAGAUUUAUCUAAAGGUUUACAAAGCAUUGUCUGAAAGAUGGCUUUCUCUGGACCUGGCGUUCCUCCACUAGCGACAAAUUACUCGGACUUCCGCCAGACCGUUGCCAAUGUACUUAUCAAUACCCCAGUGCGACCCCUGCCGGAUUGUUCUAUAGAGCCACUAAGCUCUAUAGGGAUAUGUGAUGAUUCCAAAUCUCCGUACGACCGCGCGGUCUCGCUCAUUUCUGAGCUCACCCUCGAGGAGAAGAUUAAUCAUACGAUCUUCGUCAUGCCCGGUGUUGAGCGCCUCGGUCUGCCCCCUUUCAUCCUCUGGAACGAAGCUCUUCACGGCGUAGCAAUCUCCAUUGGCGUCAAUUUUUCCGUGGAUGGCGGCGCAUAUUCAUCUGCCACAUCCUUCCCACAGCCAAUUCUCACCGCAGCAGCCUUUGAUGAUGAUCUAGUGUUUGACGUCGCAGAUGCCAUAAGUACCGAAGCUAGGGCAUUUGCAAAUGCUGGUCACGCUGGUCUCGACUACUGGACGCCAAAUGUUAACCCAUUCAAAGAUCCGCGAUGGGGCCGUGGCCCGGAGACGCCCGGAGAAGACGCAUUCCGUGUUGCGGAAUAUGCAAAGGCCUUCAUCAGGGGUAUGGAGGGACCACUGGGCAACAAGUAUAGAAAGACAGUUGCUACGUGCAAGCAUUUUGCGGGAAACGAUCUUGAUAACACUCACGAUGGUGUUACGAGAUACAAUUUCGAUGCAAAGAUCGGGCUACAGGACCUUGCAGAGUACUACCUCCAUCCUUUUGAGGCGUGUACACGAGAUGCUAAAGCGGGGAGCGUUAUGUGUGCCUACAAUUCAGUCAAUGGCAUCCCACAGUGUGCGGAUGGGUGGUUGAUGGAAGAUGUGGUCAGGAAGCACUGGGGCUGGACUGAACCGGACAACUACAUCAACGGCGAUUGCUUUGCAUUGGAUGUUGUCUUCAACUCAACAGAUGGACACGGAUUUGGUGCCACUGAGAUAGAAGCCGUUGAGGCUAUCCUGAGAGCUGGCACUGAUACGGAUUGUGGUGUAUACUUCUCGACCUGGCUUCCCGGCGCAGUUGCUGCAAAACCAGAACUGGAGGUACUCAUCGAUAAAGCCUUAGAAAGAGUGUUCGCGUCCUUCGUUAGACUCGGGUACUUUGAUAAUGCUGCCGCUCAACCAUAUCGGCAAAUCGACGCCUCCUAUAUCAACGUUCCCCAAAGCCAGGACCUCGCGCGGAAAGCUGCUACCUCCGGUAUGACUCUCCUUAAGAAUGAUCAUAACACCCUCCCUCUCCACACCUCAACCACAAGACCUAUCACGGUCGCCCUGGUAGGUGACUGGGCCAACGCAACGACUCAGAUGCUAGGAGGCUACUCCGGCAUACCACCACAUAUCAAGUCUCCCCUUUCUGCUUUCCAGACCGUCCCGGGGGUAACAGUGAACUUUGUCUCCAGCAUUCUCGACUCUGAGCCUGUCCUCGCGGCUGCAAAUACCAGCGACAUCACAAUUUACAUCGGCGGCAUCGACCAAACCGUCGAAACUGAAGGCAGCGAUCGCAGCACUAUCGCCUGGAACACCACGCAACUCUCCCUUCUCUCCGCUCUCGCCGACAACCCAAAGCCCCUCAUAGUCGUCCAAACAGGCGGCGGCCAAGUCGACGACUCCGCUCUCCUCGCCCACGCAGGCGUGUCGUCCAUCCUCUGGGCCGGCUACCCAGGCCAAGAAGGCGGGCGCGCAAUCACAGACAUAAUCUUCGGCGUCGUCGCCCCGGCAGGCCGCUUGCCCGUAACGCAGUACCCAGCCUCUUACAUCUCGCUUGCGCCGACAGACAUGAACCUGCGGCCCGACAACGCAAGUAACCCGGGCCGCACGUAUCAAUGGUACACAGGCACGCCCGUAUUGCCGUUUGGAUUCGGGCUGCAUUAUACCUCGUUUGAUGUGGAUGCGCAUCUGGACUUGCCGGAUACAGCCUUGGCAGGGCUGAGUACGCACACGCUGGUGGAUGCGUGCAAGGCGUCUGGAUACACGUACCUUGAUACAUGCCCCUUUGCCGUCCUGCAUACCACCGUGCGAAACACAGGUAGCACGCUGUCAGACUAUGUCGCCCUGGCGUUUAUAUCUGGCGCGUACGGCCCGGCGCCGUAUCCAAACAAGGCGCUUGUCGCGUACCAGCGGUUCCAUGACGUCGCGCCCGGCACGAAGAACGUUCACGAGUUGAAGUUGACGAUUGGAAGCUUGGCGAGGUGGAACGAGAAAGGGGAGAGAGUGUUGUAUCCAAGCAAGUAUAAGAUUGCGAUUGAUGUGGAUAAGAAAUGUGAGGUGGAGUUUGAGGUGCAGGGCGAAGAGGUCGUGUUGGAAACCUUGCCGGCGAUGCGGACGUGAAAUUCUGCAUGUGGCCAUGGAAGGAGUAAGAAGAGACCUUACUACUUUAUCGUGAUAUCAUGUAAAUAUCCUACCACAUACCUAAAUAAUACCACUAAUGCUACUUAUACAUGCAUGCCUCCUCUCUACCUUUCUGAAACUAGAGCUCUAUAUCCCAUAUGAUUGUAUCUAUGUAUAUAGAAAUAAAAUACUAAACGUAGAUGUAUUAUAUACUAGUAUAUGUAUGAACUAAUGCUUCUAUAAAAAACUCUAUGAAUAUCUAUGUAUAACCAAAGUUUUCACGUAAUUAGAAGAGAGUAAUAAAAACAACACUACUUAGCAUAUAGAGUAAAGUACAGAAAUUCGUGGAGUUAUGAAAAAAAGCAUUAGAGUAUGUAUAACUUGUACGUGUAGUAUUACCA